AUGAGCGUAGCUGCGCGUCUUUUCCAUAUCCAUGCUAGAUUUAUUCGUUCAAUGUCGUCUGUUGAGGAUGAUGUUCAGGAUGUCGGAAACCUCGUCUACCUUAUUGUCAUGCUUCAUGGAGUCGGUACGCUAAUGCCAUGGAAUAUGUUCAUCACCAUCGCUCCUGAUUACUAUACUAAUUACAAAAUGAAAACAUUCGAUGAAAAUGGUACCGCACAUGCAACUGUAUACUCGGCUAACUUCCUCAACUACCUUGCCAUUGCUUCACAAAUCCCUAACUUACUACUCAACUUCAUUAACAUCUUCGUGACCGUCAAAGGUGAUUUAACAAAACGGAUUUCUAUUUCACUACUAAUUGUCGGUGCAAUGAUUGUAUUCACAAUGAGUUUUGUAUACGUCGACACUUGGAAAUGGAUGGGCACAUUUUUCGCGAUCACGCUGUUAUCGAUCGUGCUUUUGAAUGGAGCUAAUGGGAUUUACCAGAACAGCAUAUUCGGUCUAGCAUCCGAUUUUCCGUUCAAAUUUACCAAUGCUGUUAUCAUUGGCAAUAAUCUUUGUGGAACAUUUGUUACAAUCGUCAACAUUAUUACCGCUUUCGUUUCGAAAAACACCGCCAAUGCAGCAUUCGCCUACUUUGGUAUAUCACUUUUUACUCUUGGAGUCUGUUUCGCUUCAUUCUUCCUUCUUAAGAAGCAGCGGUUUUACCAGUUCUACUCCAAGCGUGCUAUGAUGGCACGUCAAAGCGAGGGUACCGAUUCGAAACCGGUACUCGUUUUGUUUCAGGGCUGGCCCCAGAUGAUCAAUGUUUACUUGGUGUUCUUUGUGAGUCUUAGCAUUUUCCCUGGAAUUAUGGUCGAUGUACGCGAUGAACUGAUCGGACAGAAGUACUCUUUCGUAUUACCAGAGAGGUACUUCGUUCCAAUCACAUGCUUCCUUCUGUUCAAUGUAUUCGCGUUCAUCGGUUCCAUGUUGGCUGGACGCUACCAAUAUCCCGGUCCUAAACAUCUUUGGAUGGUCGUUUAUCCCCGUCUACUCUUCAUUCCAUUCUUUGCAUUCUGCAACUAUCGACCGCUUACGAGAACAUGGACUGUUCUUUUCCCGAGCACCUGGCUUUAUGUGUUCAUGGGCAUGAUCAUGAGUAUAUCUAGUGGAUAUCUCAGUGGAUUAGCGAUGAUGUACCCUAAUCGAUCAAAUAUUUAA